AUGCAUACUCAACAUUGGGCGACGGCGUCGGACCUGCCACCAGAACUGGUGGACGAGGUCUUGACCUAUGUCCUUGCUGACAAGAAGGAUCUCUUUACAUGUUCACUCAUUGCUCCUACGUGGACGGAGAGGACUCGUGCUCACAUCUUCCGUCGCAUCGAUAUUCGACCCGUCAAGGUCGAGACUUCGGACUCGGGCACCAUCUUCGAUACGGACGCUACGAUGGCGCGUGUGCAGCAUCUACACGACGCGCUCAACCGCUCGCCGUAUGUCGGCGAACUUGUUCAGCAUGUCAGCUUCUCUCUCGAGUCGGCGUCCUGCGGCGCGGAUACACCACUCGCUCCUCUCUUGGCCACCGUCUUCCGCCAUCUGCGCGCUGUGCAGUCGGUGACUCUCACGGAUAUCGUCUGGGAAGGACUUGCGUCAGAUGUUCGCGACGCGCUCAUAACCGUCCUCGAGCAUCCCACGAUGUCCUCGCUUACCCUGUCCCGCAUCACCUUCCCGACCUUCCUCGACCUCGCUAUCCUCGUUGCGCGCCUCGGGCCAGGACCGAAGGCGCUUGCUAUAGGUGACAUUGUAUACCAUGCUGCGCUCAGCGAUGUCAUGCGUGCUCAGUUUCAAGCCUUGAGCGAGCGUCCGGCGUCGCAGCGCCCGACACUCGUUGCACUCGAGGAGACGUCGCCUGUGAUGCGGGGAGCAGAGUUCGGCGCACUGGCGAAUUGGCUUGCGAACGAAUACUCGUGCGUCGAGGCGCACAAGGUGCAGCGCAUCGCCUCGAGCUGGACGUCUCUCUCGAUGUUCCUGCCGCUGGUUCGGGCGUCUAGUCGCUCGCUGCGAGAGCUUCAGCUUUGCGCGCUUGUGGAUAUCUCCCUAUCCUCCCGCACCAGCCUCUCCAUCACCCUCAAGGAGCUCCCCGCACUCGAAGCCCUCACCCUCGUCAACAGCCAAGUCGACAGCUACGACCCCGCCCCCUGGCUCGCCGCCUUCCUAGCCUCCCGCGCCGGGCCCACCGCUCUCACCCGCCUCACCACCCGGCUCGUCCCGCCCCGCCGCUGGUACGCGAACCCCGACGAGGACCCUAACACGCCGUUGAGCAUGUACGACUAUGCGCCGUGGGCGGAGGUCGAUAGGGUGCUUUGGGAGUGCAAGGAGGAUUUCCCUGCUCUGAAGGCGGUGGAGUUCGAGCUGGCGAAUCCGAGGGGGAUGGAUGUGGUGCGUGGGGUGCAGAUGGAUGCGGGGAUGCUGAGGAGUACGAUGGUGGAGACGAAGAAGAGAGGCUUGCUGAGGGUUUAUGGGAGCGGUGUUAAGGGGUGA